AAUUUUUCCAUCCUGAGCUCUGAUCAUUUGUCAUUGAAAGCCCAUAGUGUUAACUCAAUCAACCAGUUGAUUUUUUAGAAUCAACAAUUGGAUUGUUAAUAAUUAGGUAACAAUCAUGUUAACCAUUACAUGGAUUUUAUUGACAAUCAUCUUAAUCUACUUGAUAAAGUUAAUUAUUGAUUACAGAAAUUGGAUGAGACACUUUUAUAAGUAUCCAUCUUAUUCUGUAACAAUUAGUGACGUUCUGGUUUACUUCAGUGGACCUGAAGCAGUGAUUAAAAAAUGGGGAAGCAGAUCUUUUUUCCGUAGAGCUCUGCAAUUAACUAAAAACGAUGAUUACUUUGUCAUUUGGCUCGCGUUCAUACCUGUGCUUUUCAUUAAGAAUCCAAAUUUAGCUGAGAAGGCGUUUAAAGCUCACAAUAUCAAGACGAUAUUUAUGUCAGCAGUUUUACCGGUAAUUCGAAAUGGCAUUUUCAUGAUGUCCGAUGAAAAAAAAUGGAAAAUAUUUCGUAAAAUCAGUGAGAUCAAUUUAAAAACUAAAAUGUUACAAAAGUUUUUCCCAAUUAUGUCUCAUCAUUGUGAUAAAAUGGUCGAUAAAUUAUACAAACUGGAAGAGGGCCAAUGGUCAGAUUUCAAUGACGAAGUUGGACUGACCACUUUUAAUGUUAUUUGCGAAUCGGGAAUGGGAAUUUCAACUGAAUCACCGAAACUCGAAUCAACUGCUCUUCGAUUAUUUGAGGUAACGCUGCAAUUUCCCAAGCAUAUUGUUUUAAGAGCUUUCAACCCGCUCUUGUGGCCUGAAUUCACCUGGACACGAUAUCUUGAUUACAUGAGUGACGGACAGUCAAAGGUUCUUGAGAAAUUAUUCAAGUAUGUGGUCAAACGAGAAGUGACCAGACAAUUAGGCUUUAAAUCUGAAGGUGAAACAACAAUCAGUAAAGAUGACGACAGUUUGAAAAGGUCAGUGAGCGACAAUGCCCAAAAUAAUAACACGAUCGAUGAAAAAGAUGAUAUUGAUUUAAUUAAACCAAAUUGUAUCGAGAAUAAUUUUCUGUCCAAAGUUGUUGAUAUUUACGUCAAUCAAAAUGUAACAAAUCAAGUUAAUCAUGAGAAUCUAAUUUCUGCUGAUGAAGUUGAAAGUGAGAUUAAUAAUUUCGUACUCGCUGGAUUUGAAACUGUCCGAACGGGAAUUUUAUUUACAUUAGCAUGUAUUGCUAGCGAGCCGAUUAUCCAACAACGAAUCUAUGAUGAGUUAGUUGAGGUCUUUGGUGAUCCACAGGAAAAGUGGACCUUUGAUUUGGAAAAAUUGAAUCAAUUGCAUUUCACUGAUUGUUGUGUUCGCGAGGGAUUACGAAUUUUUGCCCCGCAGCAACUUUUAGGCCGUAAUUCGGGUUCGGAGAAAUUUCAACUCGAUGAGGAUCACCUUUUACCUCCAAGAACAGAAUAUCUAAUCUCAGUAUAUAGUAUUCAUCAUAAUGAGAAAAUUUAUCCCGAACCAGAGAAAUAUGAUCCUGACCGAUGGUCACCUGGUCGAGUUGAGAAAAUUCCAUUUAAUUGUUGGAUUCCAUUUGGAGUUGGGCCUCGGGCUUGUGUUGGCUAUCGAUACGCAAUUUACGAGAUGAUUAUGGUAAUUUCAUCAAUUGUCAAACAUUUUCACCUUUAUUCAAAUCGACACUAUGAUGAUAUCAAUUGGUCUUUCGUUUUAACAACAAGACCAAUUGAAGAACUCAAAUUUAAAGUUAAACCAAGAAAUAAAUCUAAUUAGUCGAAAACUUUUCCAAAUUAAAAAAGAAAAUAAAACAAAUUGUUAAACGGAA